CUGCAUGCGCCCAAUGCCAUGCCCAUUAGGGUAUUGGUGGAUCUGGGGCGUGAGCUAUCGUCGUGUUCGUGAGCGCCCGUCGGCCCAGAAGGAAACCACUCACUCUCGACGCACUUGACAGCUCGGCGACCGAGUUGCUGCUGCUCCCCUCGCACAUCGUAUUGCUGCCCUGCAUGAGCCCUGAUCUGCGACAGUGAAAGGCGCGUCUCCGUCUCCCUCAGAGCUGCCAAGUUGCUGGACCUGUAAACAAGAGCCUUUGUGUCAGCCCCUGAUAGAGACCUGGCUAUCUGUCCAUCGAUGCACGCUUCUCCAUCCGCUCUGCAUCAGCACCAGCACCACACGGCAACAUCCGGCGCACCGUUCGCCCUGACGUCCAGUCCAUCGCUGCCCGUCCACGGCCCACCUCUGCUCCCUGCGCGCUAUCAACAACAGCUCCGCAAUGUCGGCUGCUGCCCCCAUCCGCAGCACGUCCACGCGGCGCCCGCAGCCUCACAACAGCCCCUCGGAACACUCGCAGCGCGACCGCGAGCCGCCCCGUCCCAGUCGCCAGCCACAGGCGCUGAACAACGUUGCGAGGCGCGACUACGAGCAGUCCAACGUCGCCGAGGCCCGCCCCAGCGAAUCGAGAGACCGGCCGCGACACGCGCGAUAUGCGUCUGACGCGUCGACGGUUUCCGCAAUGCCUUCCAACGGAGCAACGGCGGCCCAGGGCGCAAAGAGGAGGACCACCAUCACCGCCCCGAGUACCGGCACCUGGACGCUGGGCAAGACGAUUGGCGCGGGCAGCAUGGGCAAGGUCAAGCUCGCGAAGCACGUAGAGACCGGAGAGCAGGUGGCCGUGAAGAUCGUGCCCCGACUGUCCCAGGACCAGCACCAGACCGCCGCCGACCGUGAGCGGGCCGACCACUCCAAGGAGGUGCGCACCGCCCGCGAGGCCGCCAUCGUCAGCCUGCUCAGCCACCCCUACGUGUGCGGCAUGCGAGACGUUGUGCGCACCAACUACCACUGGUACAUGCUGUUCGAGUUCGUCAACGGCGGGCAGAUGCUCGACUACAUCAUCUCGCACGGCCGCCUGAAGGAGAAGCAGGCCCGCAAGUUCGCCCGCCAGAUUGCCAGCGCCCUCGACUACUGCCACCGCAACAGCAUUGUGCACCGCGACUUGAAGAUCGAGAACAUCCUCAUCAGCAAGACCGGGGACAUCAAGAUCAUAGACUUUGGCCUGAGCAAUCUGUUCUCGCCCCGAAACCAGCUGAAGACCUUCUGCGGAAGCUUGUACUUUGCUGCCCCCGAGCUGCUGCAGGCCAAGCAGUACACUGGACCCGAGGUCGACGUCUGGAGUUUUGGCAUCGUCCUCUACGUUCUGGUGUGCGGUAAAGUGCCGUUUGACGACCAGAGCAUGCCACAGCUGCACGCAAAGAUCAAGAAGGGGCACGUCGACUACCCCCCUUGGUUGUCUGCUGAAUGUCGCAAUCUCAUUCACCGCAUGUUACAGACGGACCCAACCCAGCGUUUGACGCUGUCCGAGAUCAUGACCCACCCUUGGAUCACAAAGGGGUUCAACAGCCCUCCCGAAAACUACCUGCCCCAACGCGAACCUCUGCAACUGCCCUUGGACAGAGAGGUCAUUGAGAAGAUGACCGGUUUCGAUUUUGGCACCUCUGAAUACAUCACAACCCAGCUGACCAACGUCAUCCAAUCCGACGAUUACCAACGCGCCGUACGCGCAUCGGCCAAAAGGACAUCAGCCCAAACGCCAGAAGCUGACAAGAAGAGGGGCAUGUUCGACUUCUACAAGAGACGGACUUCAAUCUCUAGCCGGGAGCAGUUGACGGCUUCUUCGUCUGAAGAAAUCCAACGCGGAUUAGACCCUGUCAAUGCUUACAGCCCACUUCUCUCUGUGUAUUUCCUCGUGAAAGAGAAGAGAGAACGUGAGAAGCUUGAGGAGAACCCUGGCGCUAUAGCCAUGCCUCAGAGUCCGGGCGAGAAGCCGUUGAAAAUGCCAGACCUUCCUGCACCGCCAGCGGCGUAUACCAACACCGCCGCUUAUGAGAUGGCAGGCGAGAGGCCCACAGGCGGAAGGUCGCGACCGAGAGCACGAACUCACGGCGAGGACGAGAUUGCAGAUGGAUUGAAGAGAGUAGAUCUUAGUAAGCCGCCAGGUGCCGUUACGCCAACCUUACCACCGGCGCCUGUCGAACACGUAAAGAAGGAAGGUGCUGCUGCCGGGCUGUUGCGACGUUUUAGCACCAGGAAAUACAGAGGUCAUGACAAGAACCCCUCAGAACCGCUGCCACCCACGCCAUUUCUCGCAAUAUCUAGCCCGCCAGACACAGCUAGCGUUCCGAAGAAGAGUUUCAGUAUUCGGAGACAACGCGACAGGGGCACAGAGUCCUCGUCUCAACUCCCGACCAAUGCAGCAAAUCAGCCAGAGCUGCUUUCUCCUCCUAGUGGUGCUAACAGCGCCACACAGAAGUUCAAAGCCCUGGGCCGCUCGACCAGUGUGAACUCGGCCGAUUUCCGAAGACGAUUGAGUCGACGAGGGAGAUCAUCAGAAGACCCUGGAAACCCUCCGCCUACUAGCGGAUCGGAUCGAUCGGAUCUCAGUAGACAGAAAGUUCAAGGCGGCAACGAUGCUGCCUCAGAUGAGUUUUCGGAAGGUUCACGUCCCAUCGCAGCUCAUCGCGCAAAAUCCCUAGGUCAUGCACGUAGGGAAAGCAUCCAGGCGCGAAGGGCACGACGCGAGCAAGCCAAAGAGCAAAACGGGGUGCCAGAAGAAACGGAUGCGGAGCUUGCGCAAGCCCAAGCGGAAGCCAGCCGUAGCCCAGAUGCUGUGAAACCCGUUCUCCUGAAGGGUCUCUUCAGUGUCUCCACAACUAGCAGCAAGCCAUUGUUCCUCAUUCAGAAUGAAUUGAUACGAGUGCUCGACCAGCUUGGCGUCACGUAUACCGAGAUCGAAGGCGGCUUCAAAUGCCGGCACGCGCCUAGUAUUGACCUCAAUAAAGUGGUUGACGCGCCCGCUUCUCCACCAAGCGGACACAACAAGAGGAGAAUAAGUUUUGGUGGUUUCAUGGGCGGUGACAAGGAUCGAGAAGACUUCAGGGACCAUAAUCGCGCUCCCCAUACUCCGAAGUCACGGGCUCGGCCUCCUCCUGCUGAUCGCAGCUAUACCAACACCGACGAGUCUGACGGAAGCGAGGACAGAGAUGAGCGAAGACCGCGGGGCGGACGGGCAGUGGCGGCUGGAGAAACCACGACACACGUACAGAGCGAUCUGGGCGAGAGUAUGAUUCUUGUUUUCGAGAUAUUGAUCGUCAAGGUGCCACUGUUCAGACUCCAUGGCAUCCAGUUCAAGAAGGUGGACGGAGGGACAUGGCAGUACAAGAACAUGGCGCAGACCAUCUUGUCUGAAUUGCGGCUAUAGGUAUACUGGUUUGAGAGGCGUUCUUGAGGUAACACAUUUUUUGGUGAUGACGAACUCUACCUUCUGAAGGCGGUAUUUGUUUGAUUGUAAUCGAGUUGUAGUGCGGAGGGGUUGAGGGUACAAACAUGCGACAUGAAAUCUUAUUUGUUAUCGGUGUCAUCGUCUUUCUUCGCAAUACUAGACCAGAUGAAAGGC